AUUAUUAGUAAAUUAGUUGUGUCUAUCAGAAGUGUAUAAUGGGAGAAAUGAAGAUACUUGUUAUAAAAUUUAUUUUGCUAGUUGCUUUUGCAUCUAGUGAAAAGGUUCGCUUUGAUAAUUACUCUCUAUACAAGAUAUUUCCUAAAAAUGAACAUCAAAUCUCAGUACUCCAAGAGUUACGAAAUAAUGAAGAUAAAUACGAUUUUUGGAAAGACCCUGCAGUGGUUUCGGAAUAUGUAAGCAUCCUAUCAAGUCCUCAAGACAAGAGUCAGUUGGAAAGUUUCCUGAAUCAAAAUAACAUUGAUUUUGUUAUUACACAACCUAAUAUUCAAAAGAUAAUAGAUAAAGAAAAUGUCGCAACUUAUACAAGGAACAAUCUCAGAAACAUGACAUGGACCAGAUAUUAUGACAUGGAUAGUAUCAAUUCUUGGUUAGAUGAUUUGGUAUCUUCAUACUCCGUUGUAACAGCUGUAGUAGGUGGACGAUCCUUAGAGGGUCGUGAUAUAAAAGGCAUCAAAAUAUCACACGGAUCUGGAAGAAGAGCGAUAGUUCUAGAAGGUGGUAUCCACGCUAGAGAAUGGAUAUCACCAACAGCUGUUUGCUACAUUAUUGACCAAUUACUUACGAGCAGUGAUAGAGAAACCAGGGCGGCUGCUGCUGAUUUCGAUUGGUACAUAUUCCCAGUUACCAACCCUGAUGGUUACAUUUUCAGUCAUGAAGUGAACAGAAUGUGGCGUAAGAAUCGCAGACCUAUAGGCAAUAAUUACGGUGUCGAUUUGAAUAGAAACUGGAACAACAAUUGGCUAGUUCACGGAUCAAGUAGUAAUCCCGCAAGAGACGAUUACGCCGGUCUUGGACCAUUCUCAGAACCGGAAUCACGAAGCCUUUCUUCAUACCUUUUAACACUACAAGGCAAAAUAGAUCUGUACCUUUCCUUCCAUUCUUUCGGGCAUCUUCUUUUGCUACCAUUUGGAAAUACAACUGAGCCUCUAGCAAAUUACCAUGAUGCAAUGAAUAUUGGAAGAAGGGCAAUGGGUGCCUUAUCAGUUAGGCACGGCACAAAAUAUGUUACAGGAAAUAUAGCUGAAGCUAUCUACCUUGCGACAGGCGGCAGUAUUGACUGGGUCAAAGAACAACUUCAAGUACCUCUAGUAUAUUGUUACGAGUUACGUGAUAAUGGAACCUAUGGAUUCCUUUUGCCGGAAAAUCAAAUCCUACCCAACAAUGAGGAAGUUAUGGAUUCCGUAAUCGAACUGAUCCAUCAAGCGAAACGAUUUGGAUAUAUGAGUAGCGCGUCCGGUCUUAAAGCCAGUUUAUUAAUGUUAACAGCUUUGGUUUCAAUUUACGUUUGUUAAUUAAGGAUAUUCCUAAAUGUUAAAAUAAAGAAUUAAUAAUUAUUAA